AUGCCAAAAAUAGUGGUGAAAGGAGGAAGCAGACCGCCAUGGGUGGGAUUAGCAGCAGCAGUAUGGGUUGAGAUAUCAGCUGGGAAUGCAUACAACUUCCCACUCUACUCUCCUGCUCUCAAAUCAGUUAUGGGAUUCAAUCAGCAGCAGCUAACAAUGUUGGGCGUGGCCAAUGAUAUUGGAGAGAAUGUGGGUUUGCUCCCUGGCAUUGCCUGCAACAAGUUCCCUCCCUGGGCUAUCCUCUCGGUUGGUGUUCUUGCUUGUUUCUUGGGCUACGGUGUUCUUUGGCUUGCUGUUAGCCAGACUGUCAAUCCCUUACCUUAUUGGCUGUUAUGGCUUGCACUUGUUAUUGCCACAAAUAGCAAUGCAUGGUUUGGCACAGCCGUGCUUGUAACCAACAUGAGAAACUUCCCUAUCAGUAGGGGCACUGUUUCUGGCAUUCUCAAAGGUUAUGUUGGCAUCUCAGCCGCAGUAUAUACAGUGGUAUUCAGCCUGGUGCUUAAAGGCUCUGCUUCAAAGCUCCUGCUCUUUCUCACACUUGUCAUUCCCCUUUUAUGUUUAGCUAUGAUGUACUUUAUCCGGCCAUGUACUCCAGCUUCUGGAGAAGACUCUUUAGAGCAUGUCCAUUUUCUCUUCACCCAAGCUGCAAGUUUUCUACUUUCCAUUUAUCUCCUCACAACCACUAUAAUAAGUGAUGUGAUUUCUCUCAGUGAUACUGUUUCCUACAUUUUAGUGGCAAUCAUGGUUAUCCUUCUGAUGUCUCCUCUUGCAAUUCCUGUCAAAAUGACUUUCUUUCCUACGAGAUCAUUUGGUGUUGGGGGAGGUGAAACAACUCCAACAGAUCCUUUGUUGACUCCAUCUUCAUCAGCUACACAUCUAGGAAGUUUUGUUGACAAUGAUGAUGCUUCAGAUGUGGAAACACUUCUUGCUGUGGGAGAGGGAGCAGUGAAGAAGAAAAGGAGGCCCAAGAGAGGUGAGGAUUUCAAAUUUCGUGAGGCUCUUAUCAAGGCUGAUUUUUGGCUUCUUUGGGUGUUAUAUUUUCUUGGGGUUGGUUCUGGAGUCACCGUUCUCAAUAAUUUGGCUCAAAUUGGGGUUGCUUUUGAUCUUGAGGAUACAACAAUAUUGCUUGCUAUCUUCAGCUUUUGCAAUUUUGUUGGUCGCAUUGGCUCAGGUGCCAUUUCAGAACAUUUUGUCAGGUCAAGAACAAUUCCUCGAACCUUGUGGAUGACAUGUGCGCACAUAAUUAUGGCUGUAACUUUCAUUCUUUUUGCGUUAGCUCUUGAUGGUAUUCUUUAUGCUGCAACUGCUCUGCUUGGCAUCUCUUAUGGGAUUCUGUAUUCUGUAAUGGUGCCAACUGCCUCCGAACUUUUUGGCUUGAGACAUUUUGGUGUAAUUUACAACUUCAUGCUGCUAGGCAACCCUGUUGGUGCACUACUUUUCUCAGGUCUUCUUGCUGGUUAUGUAUAUGAUGCAGAAGCUGCUAGGCAAGGAAGCUCGACCUGUUUAGGUCCUGAUUGCUUCAAGGUAACAUUCCUGGCUCUUGCUGGCGUCUGUGGACUGGGAACCAUCUUGAGCAUAAUCUUGACAGUUAGAGUACGGCCAGUCUACCAAAUGCUUUAUUCAGGGGGUUCUUUCCGUCUGCCUCAAAAUUCAGGCCAUUGA